UUCAACUUAAAAUUCAGUUUCUCUCUUCCUCUCUCCUAAAUUGGUAAGAAAAUGACAAUGAAGGAUGAAAAAGUUAUGAUUAGCCACCCUCUUUUGGAGAAUCAUUUGGAGGCCAACAAUAUAUCUUUAACAGAACCAGGCAAUUCCUCUUUCUUGAAGACUUUCUUCAACGGCCUUAACGCCCUCUCAGGGAUUGGAAUACUAUCAGUACCAUAUGCACUAGCUUCAGGUGGAUGGUUGAGCCUGCUAUUACUUUUUAUUGUAGCAAUGGCUGCAUUCUACACAGGCUUACUUAUAAAGCGAUGCAUGGAAGACGAUUCGAGUAUAAGAACUUACCCUGACAUCGGAGAUCGUGCAUUCGGAAAGAUUGGAAGAUUAAUAACAUCAGUGUUUAUGUGCACAGAGUUAUACUUGGUUGUAACAGGUUUCCUGAUCAUGGAAGGUGACAAUCUGCAUAACCUCUUCCCUGAAAUGAAAUUCGACGCGUGUGGACUGAAUAUUGGAGGAAGAGAGAGCUUUGUGUUGAUUAUUGCUCUUAUUAUUCUUCCUUCGAUUUAUUUGGAUGAUCUGAGUAUUCUUUCUUACAUAUCUGCUGCUGGUGUUAUCGCAUCUGUUGUGAUAAUCAUGUCCAUUUUUUCUGUUGGCACGUUUGAUGGAAUCGGGUUUCACAGUAAAGGGGAACUCCUAAAUUGGUCAGGCAUUCCUACAACUGUUAGUUUAUAUGGAUUUUGUUAUUGCGCUCAUCCUGUUUUUCCUAGCUUGUACAACUCGAUGCAGAAAAAACAUCAAUUUUCAAAGGUACUACUUCUCUGUUUCCUUUGCUCAACUAUUGGUUACGCGUCCAUGGCAGUCAUCAGCUAUCUGAUGUAUGGUACAAAAGUAAACUCUCAAAUAACUCUGAAUCUUCCAGUUGAGGCAUUGAGCUCUAAAAUCGCAAUUUACACUACAUUGGUGAAUCCCAUGUCCAAAUAUGCACUAAUGUUAGAACCUGUUGUGAACUAUACCGAAAGCUUGUUCCCAAAUCAUCACAAGAAAAAGUACAUUAAGUUUAUGUUGAGGACUGGUUUGGUUACUAGUCAAGUAAUUGUAGCAUUGGUUGUUCCAUUUUUCGGGUUUCUUAUGUCUCUUGUAGGAGCAUUUUUAAGCAUUACCGCGUCAAUUAUACUUCCUUGCUUGUUUUACUUGAAGAUUUCAGGCAAAUGCAUAAGAAGAGGCGAGGGGCUAUUAGUGUUAGGCACUGUAUCGUUUAGUAUAUUGAUCGCAAUAUUUGGUACUUACACUUCUUUGGUAGACAUUAUUCGAGAAAACGUGGUAGGUUAUAACUAACUUUUUUGAUAUACGAUGUACAAUUCAAUCUGGUAUUGUAUAUUAUCGUAUCUUUGCCAUUAUAAUACUUAAAAACUCUGCAAAAAUGAGAGACUUGUAGUCUUGUUUACAACUAAGUGUCUACUCUAUUCAGCUUAAUUUCAGUUUAGUUUAGUUUAGUUCAGUUCAUUUCAUUUAAGUUUCGUUUCUAAUUUCCUUCUCUUAUAAACAAUUUAGUUUAGCUUAAUUCAUUUUAAUUCAGCUCAAUUCAGUAAAUCAGAAUAGACUCUAGUUCA